ACUUAGUGGGCCGGUCCAGUGCGGGGGACACGGCGAGCAAUAUGACUAAAAAGAAGCGGGAGAAUCUGGGCGUCGCUCAGGAGAUUGACGGCCUAGAGGAGAAGCUGUCUCAGUGUCGGAAGGACCUGGAGGCUGUGACCUCCCAGCUCUACAGGGCAGAACUGAGUCCUGAGGACAGGAGGUCUCUGGAGAAGGAGAAAACCACCCUCAUGAGCAAAGCCUCCAAGUAUGAGAAGGAGCUAAAGCUGCUUCGCCAAGAGAAUCGGAAGAACAUGUUACUCUCGGUGGCCAUCUUCAUCCUCCUCGCCCUACUCUAUGCCCACUGGACUAUGUGAGUCAGCUAUCCUCAGUCAUGCAGCUUCCCUUCCGCUCCCUACCAGGGACCAAGCAACCUUUCAAGCACAGACGGAGGUGGGGGCCUUUUCCCCUCUGGUUGCCCAGCGGCUGUAGCAGAAGGGCAUGGUACUGUCGCAUCCUCCUGCUCAGUAGAGGGGCAAUAAAGAGCCCCACGCUUUGCUGUC